AUGAACUCGGACAAGGCCUUCCAAGACGCGUCGCAUGAGUACCUCCUCGCGCGCCAGCGCAUGAACGAGAAGGUCAACCGCUGCAAGGAGAUCGAGCUCAAGAUGCAGCAGACGCUGCGCGAGAUCCAGGCGGCCUACUCGGAGAACAACGGCGAGAGCCUCGCCAAGACCGUGGGCACUCUGCACCUCUCGCUCCACGAGGUGGCCGGCGAGACGGUCGAGAACGCCUUCAUCAAGGUCCACGUCGAGCCCGAGUCGAUCCCGGACUUUGAGGAGCUCGAUGAGACCGCGGACGAAGUCAAGAACCAGGUUGCAUGGACCGGCGAGUUCCCGGCCACGUUUGUCUUUGAUGGCAUUCAGUCCCGCGAGGCGAUCGUGCACAUCACGGUCGGCGAAGACGACGAAGAAAAGGAGCCCAUCAAGGUCAUCACGUUCCCGAUCGCAGCCUUGUUCCGCGACGACAUGAAGAAGUGGUUCCACCUCGUCGACGAAGUUGUCGCUGCCCUCGAGGCGCCCGCUGUUGUCGAAGAGACCGAAGUGACCGAAGACGCCGAAGACGCCGAAGAGGUUGCUGCCGAGGAACCUGCGACCGCCGAGGCGACGGUGGAAGCUACCUCGGAGGACGAGCAUGUCACGGAAGCUGGCGAGCCGUCGUCGGACAAGGUUGACACGACGGACGCCGAGGCCACGGAAGAGGUCGCUGAGGUCGAAGUUGCUGAGGAGGCUGCGACCGAAGCUGGCGAGACCACGGAGAAGGAAACCACGAACGAAGAAGUGGUUGAAGAAGCCGCUGCCGGCGAGCAGGAAGCCAAUGUCCAGGCGGCCUCAGAGGAAGUCGUUGCGGAAGAAGCCGCUGUUGUUGUUGAAGCCACCGAGGAUGCUGCCGUUGCCGCUGACGACGUCGCCGACGAGGAAGCGUCGCCUUCGGAAGAAACCCACGAGGCUGCUGCCGACGUCGUCGUCGAAGCCGUCGCGGUCGUCGAAGAAGUCGUCGCCGAAGACACGUCGGCCCGCGUCCACGUCCAUGCGUCGUUUGUCCUCUCGGAGAUUGAGGCGCUUGCCCAGAAGGCGAUCGCGCUCUCGAAGGAGAAGAACGAGAUGGACAUUGAGAUCCGCAUGUGCGACCAGGAGCUCUCGAGCGCGCGCAUCCGCUACGAGCGCCUCAAGGCGAGCCAGAAGGCCGCGUUGGGCUCGAGCGCGGCGACGAUGAAGAACAAGCUGAGCAUCCAGCGCGCGCCGCCCAAACCCAAGUCGCUCUACGAGCGCGCGACCGCGGCCGUCGGCUCGACGUUCACGCCCCAGCGGCGAUCGCUCGCGUGGAGCGUCACCUUCUUCGUCGUUGUCUCGGCUUUCUUCCACACCAACGGCGACGAACUCAUCAUCUAA